AUGACGGUGAAACAAAAGCUCUAUUCUCUUCCGCGAGAAUUCGUGGAUACUGUGCGUAUGGAGCCUAGCCAAUUCAUAACAUGGAUUGUAUGCUGGUCUUGUUGGACUCUCGGAUCAUUGCAAUACUACGUCCUACCAUUCACCCUUAGUGAUGUCGCAACUUAUCUGGACGUACCACAAACCAAGAUCUCAGAAGCAAAUACCACGGCAAUGCUUUCCAGGGCGAUAGGAGCGCUCAUAUUUGGUAUUAUUUCAGAUCAGUAUGGGCGCAAAAUUCCACUUAUUAUCGACCUGGUGUUUCUCGGGGUGUUUUCUAUGUGUACGGGGUUUGUCAAAACUUAUGGACAGCUGAUUGGAUGUAGAUUUCUUUUUGGCGUUGCUUACGGUGGAACAUAUGGCCUUGUUAUGGCCAUGGUGCUUGAAGCCGUUCCACGAAGGGCUCGCGGCGUCGUGGCCGGUUUCACUCAGCAAGGCUUCUCAGCAGGUUAUUUACUUGCCUCGGGAUUUCACCUUGCCAUGAAUAAAUAUGGCUGGCGUUCACUCUUCUGGCUUGGAGCUGGGCUCACUGUGCCUGUGAUUGUUCUUCGGACAUGCUCUUCACACAAAUCAGUUACGAAUCAGGUAAUCGAAGAGACAGAAGGCGUCCAAUCGGUAGAUGCACGCACCGCUGUGGGUGGGAAUUUGUCGUUUAUCAAAAAACUGAAAUUCCUGGUCAAGCAUCAUCCCAAAGCCUUUGUUUAUGCCUGCUGUCUUUCCUCUUGCCUAGCCACCAUGGGUCACGGCACAAUGGACCUAUAUCCCACAUUUUUGACUACCCAGCGCCACCUCGACGUCAAACAUGAGACAUGGGUGACGGUUAUCCUACAAAUUGGAGGUAUUAUGGGUGGUGUGGUUGGCGGAUUUUUCUCUCACAAGGUCAGUCCCAAGUGGAUUGCAGCAGGGAGCGCAAUUUUGUGUGCCCCAUGGCUACCAUUGUGGGUUCUUCCUUCGAAAUGGAACCAGCUCGCUGUCGGUGCCUUCUUUUUGCAGUUUUUCUACGGGGCAGCCAUCGGCAACUUGGGUAAUCUCAUGCAGCAAAUAUGCCCACACCCGGGUAUGCGCGCUGCUUUCACCGGUGUUUCUUAUAACAUUGGCAAUGCGGUCUCUUCCAUAGCUCCCACUAUAGAGACCGCCCUUGGAGAAAGGUUUCCUACUGCCGAUGGAGGGCCGGACUAUGGUCGAACCCAGAUGAUUCUGGUUGGAAUUGUCAUUUGCCUUCUAGUUGUGACGCUAGUCAGUAUGCCGUUAAAGAGUCUGAAUAAGGCGUGGGAUGAAGUGGACCCAAACAUGGCUAUCCCUACCAAUGAGAAUAAUCAGAAUGCGGACAUGGAAAUGGUCGAUAAAGUCAUUUCUGCCAAUCAUGACACCUUCAAGGUGUCUGAUCCGGAAGCAGCACACGUCGAAGAAGUCAAAACAGUGGGUGGCGACGCUACUAAAGUGUAG